AUGGUGUUUAUUCAUAUAGAAUUCCUGUACGAGAUAUUAAUUUCAGGAUCGAACCAAUUUGAGUUGAUACACAACCAAAAAUCUAGGUGUGGAAAUUUGUCAUUCAACAAUAAAGAUAGUAAAAAAAGUGUAAAUGAAAAAAUCGAAGAUUGUAUAUACUGUGGAAAAAGUUUUCCACACAAAAUAUAUUUAAAACAUAAGGCUGAAGAAGAGAAAAAUUUAAAAUGUCAAUACUGUGAUAAAUAUUUUGAAACUGUUCAACUGUACAGGAGGCAUACAUACAGGUAUCAUAAAUUAUAUACAUGUAAAAUUUGUAAUCUUAAAUUUUUAAAAGGAGCCUAUGAGUAUCACAUGAAUUCGAUGCACAGAACAAAACCAAAAUGUAAAGUUUGUCAUAAAACAUUUGCAACAAAAUUGAGUUUGUUAGCACAUGAAAAAAAAAUACAUCUCGGUUUGAGAGAUGAAAGAUUCGAAUGUCAAAUUUGCAAAUACAAAGCUCCUGAUAAAUUUCAAUUCGAGAUACACAUAUCAAGACAUAACAAAGCUCCUUCUUUCGUGUGUGAUCAAUGUGGGAGUGGACAUUAUACAAAAACAGAACUUAACAAACACAUACAAGCUAAUCAUUGUGGUGGGUAUGUAUGCACAAUUUGUAAAAAAACAUUUCGAAGUCCCGAAUAUCUUAAAAAACAUUUAAUCAUUCACAAACCUAAUUACGAUCCGAACGAAAUAAAUUUCACUUGCGAAGAAUGCGGUAAAGGUUUUUUAAAUCAACUCGGAUUUAAAAAACAUUUAUCUAAGCAUAAAAAUGAGGGAAAAUUUUACAAUUGUAAUAUAUGUGACAAAAACAUAACAUCAAAAUCAUCAUUUAAAACUCAUUUGAGAAUGCACUCGGGUCGAAAACCAUAUAACUGCAGUCAAUGCGAAAAAACAUUUUCCGAUAAGAAAUAUUUAAUAGAACAUGAAAAUAAUCAUUCGAAAGAAAAAAUUUUCACUUGUAAUAGAUGCAAUGAAAAUUUUUCACAUUACAAACAAUUUUCCAAUCAUAAACAAUCACAUUUGAUGUAG